GAGGUCAACCCAACUCAACCCAACUCCGCCCUCACUCUGCGCUGCGGACGCAAGUCCUGUCGCCAUAUCCGUCGUUCGAACCACAUACAGGAACGCAUUUUCCCGCCGUCGCUUCAGUGAGCGGACAGGAGCAGGAGUUGAAGUACUCUGUCCGUCUGGCAGCGACGCCACGGGUAUCGUGUACUUGCACCGGCUUUCCUGUCCGGUCUGGUUUCCGAGCAUCCUGACCCUCUUGAGAUAGUCAUCGGAGCGCAACGAGAUAGAAGACAGCCUAUACCUAGACCGUUCCUAUCGUUUACAGCUUGUGAAAUCGUCCCUGUCAGUCUUUCUGUGUGUGGGAUUCUAGGGUUGCGCGCGCGAAGAUGGCGCCUCCAAUCGAUGGCAGAGUGCGGUGGGGAGACGACUUGGAUGACGACGGCGAUGAUGGAUUAGAGGGAGUUCUGCCGCCCAUCCAGGUCCUGGGUCCUGAUGAGAAUGGUUACAAGAUCGUAAUCGAGUACAGGUACAAUGAACGCGACGAGAAGGUCAAGGUUACCACGAAGAGCAGAGUCAAGAAGCAGGUGAAGAAAAUGAACAAGAAUGUAAUUAAGCGGCGGCAAUGGCGUAAGUUUGGCGACGCAGCCCUCGUGUCGGGCAAUCAGAACGUUACGAUCGUAUCGACGGAAGAGAUCUUCUUGGAAAGAGUGAAAGGCCCUAGCGGAGGGAAGGAGGCGGAGAAGAACGAGUUGGCAGGACUGGUGGCCAGCGGGAAUACGUCUCUCAUCGUGUGCCGUAUCUGCGGUAAGAAGGGUGAUCACUGGACGUCAAAGUGUCCGUACAAGGAUCUGGCGAAGGAUGGUAUGUUCCAGGACAAGGCGCCAACGGAAGACGGUGCUCCAGGUGCGGCUUCUGCAGGGGCAGCGCCCGGAAGAGGAGCGUACGUGCCGCCUAGCAUGAGAGCAGGGGCGAACAAGGAGGGAGAGGGAAUGCGGCAACGAGGAAGAGAUGAUAACUCCAUUCGUGUCACAAAUCUUUCUGAAGAUACGAGGGAGGCGGACCUCAUGGAGUUGUUCAGACCUUUUGGACCCAUCUCUCGUAUCUAUGUGGCGUUCGAUAGAGAAACUGGCUUGAGCAGAGGGUUUGCCUUCAUCAACUUCGUCAACAGGGACGAUGCUAUCCGUGCGAUCUCGAAGAUCAAUGGUUACGGUUAUGACAAUCUCAUCUUGAAGGUUGAGUGGGCCACGCCGCGUGAGGAUAAGAGAUAAGAGAUAAGAGAGAAAGGAAGAAAGGAGCGGUAGUGGUUGAUCGAUCGCCAAUGGCAGGAGGAAGAUGAAAGUGUGCCGCGGGGUUUUAAGCGCUUCUGUCGUUUUUUUUUUUGUUUUUUUUUUCUGUUCGUGUAAACCGAAAAUCGAUGAUAUUGUCUCUCUGACGAGGGUAUGUUGAGGUAGCAGAGUGGGUCCGUCGACGGAAACGGGACUUCAAUUUUUCGUGUAUGAGCUCUCCAGGGGAAAAGCACACUGGAAUGUGUGCAUUCAAAUGGUGUGUUCAUUCACGCGCGUGUUGUUUGUUUACCGUAGAGAAAGAGUUUGAUCGUGGUUUGAACCAACCCAAGCUUUGCGAUGUGUCCUUUGGCUUUCCUCCACCCUUUCUUCUUUGCAUCUCAGGCUGAGUUAAUUGUUUUCUGUUAUCUCUUUAUUUUUAUGGUUCUUUUUUUUUUAAGUUUUCCUCUCCUCUUUUGCCCCUGCUCUCGUGCCUGUAUUGGAAAAAAGAUUCCCUUUGCCAGCGAAAAGCGAGUGCAUCUCUUUUUGUUCCGCCUCGUUUUUUCUUCUCGUAUCUCGAACGGAGUCGACUGUUGCUGUUUUCAGUCUUUUCCUGUCCUGUUUCUUUUUUUUUUUUUUUACUUUCAUGUCCUGUUUCUGUUUUCAGUCUUUUUUCUGCUUGUGUCCUGUUUUCUUCUCCUCUUGUUUUUCCCAUGCUCUCUAGCUUGCAAUUGGAAAUAGAAUUCCCAUAGAGGGUUCCCCUCUCGUCUUCUCCCCGUGCUCUUUUGUCUAUAAUCGAAAAGAGAUUACCCACAGAUGGACGUGUUUGUCUCAGCUAAGUACACUAGUUUAUCUCAGCUAAUGUAUCUUGUUGGAGGCGUCGUGGCAGUUUUCUGGGAGCAACAGAGCUAUUGCCAUUGUGUGCGGAGUCCAGUGGGUGUGGGGUAGUGGAAAUGAGAGUGUGUGGAGCAGCCUUUGUGGAGAGUGGUCAGCUUUGGGUGCCUGCAAUCACGUUCAGCGUUUCUGUGACGA